GUCUGGCUUGCUGGAGAGCCCAGGAGAGAUGGGAGGCGGGGGGGGGGGAUUGACAGUGGGGAAUCCCCCCCUUUCUUCUCUUCUUCCCUCGGAGGGACUUUUGCUUUUGAAGGGCUGCAGGACAGAAAGAAUGUCCUCUUUGUGCAAACCUGUAAGAAGCCUCUGAGAAUCCCCAAGUGACGCCCAUCACAUCUGCAGCAGGUCCAGCUGACUGGGCUGAUCCGACCCACCAACUGAGGUGGCAGGGCUCGGGUCUUUCCUUCUUGCGCCUUUCCUAGAAAAGCAGGCAGUUGGAUCAACCAGUUCUGGCUAGGGAUUACCCCCCGUUGGAUGGUAGCUGGCACUUUCAACUAGCACCAGAGGUGAAAAUGGAGGAGCAGAACCUUGCGGGCCCUGAACUAGAACGGAGACUGGAAGUGGCGGGGAAAGCUCCCUUUGAGGGCCUACCUGAAGGCUUGUCGGCAAAUCUGGGGCGGGGAAGGUCGUGCGAAGUGACAGACAAGGAGCUGCAACGUCCCGAGGAAGCCCACUGUCCAGAAUUCUUGAGGGGGCUGGAUUCCCCUCGGAGGGGAUGGGGGAACCCACUUCUGCUGGGGAACACACCGCGGGACAAUGUCAGAGCAUUCCUCUCCUCUUUUGAGCAAAUUGCUGAAGCCUGUCAGUGGCCCAGAGAAGAAUGGGUGGGCCAGCUCCUGCCCUCACUGAGCAGAGACGUUGAGCAGGCCUUGGGCAGGCUGGAAACAGCAGACAGGGAGGAUUAUGGAAAAGUGAAGGCCGCCAUCUUGCGGGAGGACAUUAAGAGGAUGGAGACCCUGCGCCAGCGCUUCAGGCAGUCCCGUUACCAGGAGGUUGAAGACCCACGAAGGGUUUACCAGCAGCUGCGGGAACUUUGCCACCAGUGGCUAAAGCCGGAGAGACGCACCAAGGAUCAGAUCCUGGAUCUGCUAAUCCUGGAGCAGUUCCUGGCCAUCCUGCCUCACGAUCUGCAGACCUGGGUCAGGGAAGAGGGCCCAGAGAAUUGCACUCAAGCCGUAGCCCUGGUGGAAGAUUUUCAGAUCAGUCGUCAAAAAGCUGAGCCGUGGAAAUGGCAGGUGCCGUUUCAGGAGGUCACCAGGAGGCCCCUCGAGCCACAGAAGACGUCAUCAGACCCCUCUCGGAGCACUUGUCCCUACAUGGCCACGACACAGAAAUGUGACGGGGACACGGAUUUGCUGGCCAAUGGGACGGCGUGCUCAAGCCACUCCAGUUCAUCAUUUCCUCCUGAGGGACAGGAAGUGGCCAAAGCUGGGCCGACCGAGGUCCCGGCAAGCUUCAGGGAGAAGGGUGUGCCUUUUGACAAGGCUGAGCCAUCUCUGAUGCAUCCAGGCCAGAGGACCCUGUUCUGGCAAGUCAAAGAGGAGAAUUGUGGGACUAUGGGAUCUUUGGAGGGGCUUCUGAUUCCCAAGCUUGACCUUGCCUUCCAUCCGGAAAAAGGGGGGAAGAUGUUCUUCCAGGACUCAGAUACAGGUAAGAGAAGAGGGAUCAAGGUGGAGAAUUCUCAUCAAGGAGAAACAGAGCCAGAAGAUGAAUCCCAGGGGAAUGUUUCUCUGGUUGCUGACGUUCCAGGGCAGAAGUGUGAGUCCAAAGGACACCAGGAAGCAAAUGAAUGCAGUGAUCAUCCGAAAGCUCCCCUUAGUGAAAGCACAAAGCACUUUGGGAUGGAAAAGCCCAUCUCCUCAAAUUAUGGGAGGAAUGACCAGUACAAAUUGGGACUUGUUAAGAUGAAUGCCGAAGAGAGCCCUUACGAGUGCCCUGUGUGUGGGGAAAGCUUCCAGCAAGAAUUUUACCUUGCUGAACACCAGAGAAUGCAUAUGGGAGAGGAACCAUAUGAAUGGUCUGAGAGACAGAAGCCCUUUCCCCAGCGAGAGCUCUGGGUUAGUCAUCAGAGCGACCCUAGGGAAGAGAAGCCUUAUGAAUGUCCCGAGUGCGGGAAAAGGUUCAGUUACAGAGCAACCUUGAUGAGACAUCAGAGAGUCCACACUGAAGAAAAACCACAUAAAUGUUCUCACUGUGGGAAAAGCUUCAGCCAGAGAACAAAUCUGAUGAGUCAUCUGCGAAUCCAUACAGGAGAGAGGCCGUAUCAAUGCUCCCAGUGUGGGAAAGGCUUCAGGUGGCAACUACAUUUGAAGAGGCAUCAGAAAAUACAUACAGGAGAGAAGCCACAUGAAUGCCCUGACUGUGGGAAAAGCUUCUCUCGGAGAGAUACGUUAAUAAAUCACCGGAGAACCCAUACAGGGGAGAAGCCAUAUGAAUGCCCCGAUUGUGGGAGAAACUUCAACCAUCCUUGUAACUUGAUUGAACAUCAGAAAACACACACAGGAGAGAAACCACAUGAAUGUCCUGAGUGUGGAAAAAACUUCUCCCGGCGUGAUACACUGAUCAAACAUCAGAGAACCCACACAGGGGAGAAGCCUUAUGAAUGCCCUGAGUGUGGGAAAAGCUUCAAUCAUCCAUGUAGGUUGAUUGACCAUCAGAAAAUCCAUACAGGAGAGAAACCACAUGAAUGCCCUGAAUGUGGGAAAAACUUUUCUCGGCGAGAUACAUUGAUCAAACAUCAAAGAACUCACGCAGAGGAGAAACCUUAUGAAUGCCCUGAGUGUGGAAAAACCUUCAUUCAGAAAAAGGCAUUCAUUAGACAUCAAAUCAUUCAUUUAGGACAUAAAUCUGGUUAGUUUUCUUGAAAAGUGCCACAGUCUAUUAAAAAAGGUGUGUGUGUGUUAAUUUCAUCUUGCUUCACAGCAGAGAACCUACAGCUUUUUUUGUGCCAAAAAAGUAAAACAAGACAUUUUAAAGAGGAUUGAAGAGGUAAGAAAGAAUUUAGAUAAAAGGCUGAUGACAACUGGAAAAAAUAGCAAAAAUAGGAUCAAAUACAUUACUUGAUCAACCAGGAAGUUUAAAGUAAUAAAUCGUAAAAAAAGAGAACUUGGACAAACCUUUUCAGUUGUUGGGGAAAAAAUUAAAAAUGAGAAGAAACAUGAUGUUAUACAUAAUAAUCUAGAGGAUAUAGACAAUCUGUUAUAAAAAUAAUGUAAACAUCAGGGAUUUAACGGAUGGAGUUGGAAGCAAGUUUAUUUAGAAGAGUUCUUUGCAUAUUGCAUUGGUUUAUCAGCUACAAUUGAUAGGAAUUGAUGGAUUCUGGGUUUUUUUAAUUAAUAGCUGUUAUUCAAAAAAACAAAUAAGGCUUCCCAAAUUACAGGCGGGCCCCGCUUAUUUGGCAGGUUCCGUUCCGGACUGCCGCCGAAAAGCGGAAACCGCUGAAAAGUGAAACCCAUUGAUGAUAAUCGUGUGCGUUGCUCAAAAAUGGCGCACAACGAGCAAAAACCGCUGUAAAAGUGGAACAAGCGCCCUAAAGCGGGGACUUUCCCUAAUUGAAAGUCACCGCAUUAGCAGAACGCCACAAGGCGAAGCGCCGUAAAGCGGGGCCCACCUGUAUUUUAGUUGAGUCUCAAAACUGGUUAUCUGCAUUCUAGACUCCAUUAUGGAACAUCUAGGCUUGAUGAGUCGAAAGUGUUUUUAAGGACCUUUCCACAAUUACUCUUUAAAAAGAGUGAUUUUUUUCUAUUGAAAACGGUAUACAAAGAAAGGAUUUCAUGUAAGCUGCAUAUGUUUAUUAAAUAAACAAAACAGACAGUCAUUAUCAAGUCUGUAGAAGUAAGAUUCAGAAGAGAUCCAAACUGAUUAAGUUAAUGAGAAUCAAAAAUCCAGAAUAGGAAGGCAUUUGCCGCUCAGGAGGAUGACUUAGACAGGAAAAGAGUGUUAACAUUUAAUAAGGUAUCAGGCAAAACAAUCCUUUGUUUGUGUUAUGCCAGGACUGGAGAUCAGUGACCACCAUACUGAAUGCCUGGGCAGGGCGAGAGCGGAGGGGAAAACUCGCAACCAGAGAAAAGCUAAAGUAUGUAAAGAGGAUCGAUACACCCACCAAUCAGGGACUGCGUCAGGGGUCCUGCCCACACACAGAGCCAGUCAAUGCACUCACAACAGUGGGGACACAUCCCCUCCAUCAUCAUAACCACCACCAAAGAUGAUGCGAGUGCCCCCACCCCACCAGCCCUAGUGGCACAACCAAAAGGGACCCGCUACAGCCAAUCCACAGCCUCUCUUCCAGGCAAGGGUUCGAAUCCUCUUAUGCUCCUCACAAUCACAGUGCAGUGCAGUGGUUAGAGUGUUGGAUUAGACUCUGGGAAACCAGAGUUCAAAUCCCCAUGAGGCCUUAAAACUCAUUCGGUGUCUUUGGGCCAGCCACUGUCUCUCAGUCUAACCUACCUCACAGGGUUAUGAAGAUAAUAUGGAGAGUGAGAAGCCACAGUGGGCUGCUUGAAGGAAAUGUGGGUUAUAAACAAAAAGGGGAGGAAGGAUAAGAGAAAGAACAUGGCACUCCAUUACUCCCGGGAAGGAGCCUGCAGAGAGAGCACACAGGUCUCCGGAGACAAGGGUUCAAGACCCACAGGGGGAGGGACAGACUUCUGACAAGCAACCAAGGGCAGGGGCCAGGGACACGUAACAAGAGCAACCACAAAGACACACGCGACAGCAACUGCCAGUGGCUCAUUCCAUGGUGUAGAGAGAUGGGAGCCUGAACCACAUGAGUGAAAAGGACCUCAUGUUUGGCAUACUGGCAAAAGAGAAGAAGUCAUGUCAGGAACAUAAGGCUGGAUCUGACCAGAAACUAAUCUAGUCCAACAGCCUGUUAUCACAGCAGCCAACCAGAUGUUGGGACAGUCUGCCCAAAGUCCUUCACACAGUAUGUAAAACUGGGAUUUGCUCCCACAGGAGGCAGUGAUGGCCACCAACUUGGGUGGCCUUAAAAGAGGACUAGACAAAUUGCUAGAGGAUAACGCUCUCAAUGGCUACUAGCCACGAUGGUUAUGUGUAAUGCCUUCACUGUCGGAGACGGUAUGUGCGUGCGAAAACCAGUUGCUGGGAACUGCAAGCGAAGAGAAGGGCUCUUGUGCUGUUGGGGGGCUUCCCCUGGGGCAUCUGGCUGGCCACUAGGAGAGCCGGAUGCUGGACUAGAUGGGCUUUUGGCCUGGUCCAGCAGGCAGACGCUUAUGCUCUCUUGUCAUGGAGACCCUUUGAGAAGAGACGAUACACGCUUUUUCCACAAGCUUUUCAUUCUGUUUAUACAUUGGUUUUGUGAUUGUAGCACCGUGAUUGGUCUAUAUAGCAUUUUGCCCCGUGUUCAUCUCGGGCUCCAAACUGGCUUGUUUUAGCUUAAAU